ACUCUGAUAGGCUGGAGCACCAGCUGGAAGAGGCGGUCACACUGCGACAGGACUACGAGAGCUCCGCCUCCAAACUGAAGACGGUGGAGAGACAGGUGAAGACGCUGAGACAGGAGAAGGACGACGUCCACAAGCAGCUGGCCGACUCCCUGGAGCGUCUGAGGAGUCAGACGAAGGAGCUGAAGGAGGCGCACUCUCAGAGGAAGGUGGCGCUGCAGGAGUUCUCCGAGCUGUCCGAGAGGAUGGCCGACCUGCGCUCGUCCAAACAGCGUCUGUCCCGCCAGCUGAGGGACAAAGAGGAGGAGAUGGACGCCCUGCUGCAGAAGAUGGACACCAUGAGGCAGGACAUCCGAAAGACCGAGAAGAACCGCAAGGAG